GGAACAUGAAAGCGAAACAAGCAGUCCCUCCCUUUUAUUACAAAACCAUCUCUCCUCUCACCCAUUUCUGAAACUCAUCAGAUUUCGCCAUUUUCACCCUAGCAAGAAGAAGAAGAAGAAGAAGAAGAAGACCAAUCAAUGGCGAUGCCCCAUCUUGGUUGGUGUUAUACAGCCAUCGGUCCCCCUUUUUUUUUCUCCAUUUCUCCAUCACUUCCUCUUUCGUCUCCAUCAAUCUCUCCCAUUUCUUCUUCUUCAACCGCCGCUCAUUCACUCGGUAGGUACAUUAAUUACAUUAAUUACACAUUGCAAUCUAAUUUCGUUUUCUAUAUUCUAUCUUCCGCACCAAGAAACAUCCCAUUCUCAAACCCCUAAUCCUUCUUUUCCCCUAAUUUGAAAUUUCUGACAUAAAUUCGUUUGUUCUAUUCUCCGAAUUGCUCAUUAACGUCUCAUUUAAAUUUUGAGGUGAAGAACAUCAUCGACAUCACAAUCGUUAGAUGGAAGCUCGUACGAAAAUGGCAGUGGCUGUAGCUGUAUUUUGCUCUUCCCUGCUUAUCGCCGCUUUGUUUUCAUUGCUCUGGUUGUGGAUUCACCGGAAAAGGAGAAACGCUGGUAAAAGCAAAGGCAAAGAUGCGAAGAAGGGGAUUGGAUUAACUCCAUUUGUGAUUGGGGAGAAGGGACGUUUGUCAUUGAUUGAUUUCAAAGUACUGGAGAAAGCUACUGGGAAUUUUGAGGAGGGCAAUGUAUUGGGUGAAGGUGGAUUUGGGAGAGUUUAUAAGGCUUUGUUGGAUGAUAAUUUGGUUGUGGCUGUGAAGAAGAUUGAUUGCAGUGGCUCCCAAGCUGACAGAGAAUUUGAGAACGAAGUUAAUAUAUUGAGCAGUAUUCAUCAUCCGAAUAUUAUUUGCCAAUUGGGAUGUAGCAGUGAGGGAGACACAAAGUUGAUUGUUUAUGAGCUCAUGGAGAAUGGAUCUCUAGAAACUCAACUGCAUGGGCCCUCCUCUCGUGGUUCGGCCUUAAGUUGGCACAUGCGGAUGAAGACUGCUCUCGAUGUUGCAAGAGGAUUAGAAUACCUUCAUGAGCAUUGCAAGCCUUCAGUUAUUCAUAGAGAUUUGAAGACUUCCAACAUCCUUCUCGAUUCCAACUUCAACGCUAAGAUAGUUUAUGAAUCUAACACACGAAGAUUAACAGAAAAAAGUGAUGUGUAUACAUUUGGAAUUGUGGUACUGGAGCUUCUGCUAGGAACAAGGCCAAUGGAGAAACUGCCAACACCACAAUCCCAAUCUUUCAUCACAUGGGCAAUGCCUCAACUCACAGACAGAUCAAAGUUACCAAACAUAGUAGAUCCUGUUAUUAGAAAUACUAUGGAUCUCAAGCACUUAUAUCAGGUUGCUGCAAUGGCUGUUUUGUGUGUACAAGGAAAACCAAGCUACAGACCUUUAAUUAAAGAUGUUCUACACUCGCUGGUUCCCCUUGUUCCCAUGGACCUUGGAGGUACCCUAAGAUUUAACCCACACCAAUGAUCACCACUUUUUUUUUUGUUCAUUUUUUUUCAAUUUAUGUAAAAAGAUAUGGACUUUUUGAGGUCAUUUCACUUGAUAAUUAUUCUGUAUUUGAGAUUUUCUUAAAUGCAGUAUCAAUGAAUUAAAUAAAAAUACAAAGAAUCAAAUUGAUA